AUGGGGCCUGCGGGGAAGAAGGGCAAGAGCAUGCAAGACAACCCGUUGAUAUCGGCCUUCACUCGUCUCCGGAGUGACCUUAAGGGUUGCAAGGACAUUCGCACAUUCGAUAUGCCCGCCCUCCUCCAUCCAUUCCUUCAAGUCGUUCGUUCCUCCUCGACCUCAGCCGCGAUCACCUCCCUCGCAUUACUCGCUAUUACCAAAUUCUUUUCCUACAACAUCAUCAAUCGCGACUCGCCGCGACUUUCCAUGGCAAUGCAGCUUCUCUCAGCUGCAAUUACACACUGUCGAUUUGAAGCCAGUGACUCCUCGGCCGAUGAGAUUGUGUUGCUGAGGAUCUUGAAGUUAAUGGAGGGCAUGCUUUCUCGCCCCGAGGGAGAAUUGUUGGGCGAUGAAAGUGUUUGCGAGAUGAUGGAGACGGGCUUGAGUAUGUGCUGCCAAGGUCGCCUAUCUGAGGUGCUGCGGCGGUCUGCAGAGAUGGCCAUGGUAAACAUGUGCCAAGUCAUAUUCAUGCGACUGACACAUCUGGACGAACUACCGCAAGGGCCGGUCCCUUUCGCGGCAUCAGCCCUCGAUAAAGAUACCUCAACCAUCAAGAUGGAUCCCUCUGUUAAUGGAAAUACUGUGACUUCACAACACCGAUCUGCUAUCAGCGCAGAUACCGCAACAAGCGAACGGAAUAGCUCAAGCCGAGAGGGCACACCUGAACAAUCAAGUAACGGAGGCGCGGCAGCAGCAGCACCACCAACCCCUCAGGAUGAUUUCGAGGGCGAGGUGCAACCAUACUCCUUGCCGUCCAUCAGAGAACUUUUCCGAGUAUUAAUUGAUCUGCUUGAUCCGCACAACGGCCAACACACCGAUACGAUGAGAGUCAUGGCACUUCGUAUUAUCGAUGUCGCUUUGGAGGUGGCCGGUCCGUCUAUCGCUCGGCAUCCCAGCCUCGCGGCUUUGGCGAGGGACGAUCUUUGUCGUUAUCUCUUCCAACUGGUCCGCUCAGAACAAUUGGCCAUUCUCACAGGCUCCCUCAGAGUCACUGGUACCUUGCUAUCGACGUGUCGACCUGUACUGAAACUGCAGCAAGAACUUUACCUCUCGUACUUAGUGGCAUGUCUUCACCCUCGCGUGGAAAUUCCCCGAGAGGCCGGCAUCGAUCCGUCUCUUUACGAAGGAGUUCCACAAGCACCGAGCCUGGUGAAGCAGCCAGCUUCACAAGCAAACAGUGGCAGGUCAACACCGGUCCCUGUCAAAGAUCGACAAAAGCUGGGGCUCGAAGGUGGUGCGCGAAAGCCCGAGGCUAGAGAGGCAAUGGUCGAAAGUAUUGGAGUUUUAUCGCGGAUUCCUAGCUUCAUGGUUGAACUUUUCGUUAAUUAUGAUUGUGAGAUUGACCGCGCGGAUCUUUGCGAAGACAUGAUAGGACUGCUUUCUCGAAAUGCCUUCCCCGACUCAGCAACCUGGAGCACUACUAAUGUCCCGCCUCUCUGUCUCGACUCUCUUCUCGGAUACGUUCAAUUCAUUUAUGAUCGUUUGGAUGACGAAGCUGUGCAAGGAGAUUACCCUCCACAGGAACUUCUCCACAAGCAGCGGACAACCAAGAAACUGAUCAUCAAAGGUGCUUCGAUGUUCAAUGAAAACCCGAAGGCUGGUAUUGCCUAUCUUGCUGAGCAUGGAAUCAUCGAAGAUCCGAAUAACCCUGUCUUGGUUGCAAGUUUCUUGAAAGGGACAACUCGCCUGUCGAAGAAGAUUCUUGGUGAAUUCAUCUCCAAACGUGGUAACGAAGAACUACUGGGCGCCUUUGUGGACCUCUUGGACUUCUACGGCAGCAAUGUGGUUGAAGCCCUCCGUCAACUACUGAGUUCUUUCCGUCUGCCUGGAGAGUCACCUUUGAUUGAAAGAAUUGUGACGAUUUUCUCGGAGCACUACAUGGAAAAAGCGAAACCAGAAGAAAUUGCGGAUAAGGAUGCUGUUUAUAUCCUGACAUAUGCUAUCAUCAUGCUAAAUACGGAUUCUUACAACCCCAACGUCAAGCCCCAGAACCGCAUGUCAUUCCCUGCGUUUGCUAGGAACUUGCGAGGAGUGAACGGAGGUGGUGACUUCACGGAGGAGUUUCUUCAGGAGAUCUAUGACUCUAUUAAAGCCAACGAGAUCAUUCUGCCCGAUGAACAUGAGAAUAAACAUGCUUUUGACUAUGCAUGGAAAGAGAUGCUUUUGAAGUCGUCUAGUUCAGGCGAAAUGGUAGUUGGAGAGACCAACGUUUAUGAUGCCGAAAUGUUUGAGGCAACAUGGCGCCCCGUUGUCGCUACGCUGUCCUACGUCUUUAUGUCCGCUUCCGAUGAUGCAGUCUACAGCCGAGUCGUCAACGGCUUUGAUCAAUGUGCUCAAAUUGCUGCUCGAUACGGCCUGACUGACGCUUUUGACCGCAUUGUCGCUUCACUGUCAUCAAUCAGUACAUUGGCGACUCACAAACCACCAAGUACUGCAUUAAAUACCGAGGUGCAAGCGGGCCAAAAGAGCGUUAUGGUGAGCGAGUUGGCUGUGAAGUUUGGAAGAGAUUUCCGCGCACAGUUGGCCACUGUAGUCCUGUUCCGAAUCCUGACAGGCAACGAGUCAACUCCCAAACAAGGGUGGGAACAUAUCACUCGCAUCCUGAGCAAUCUUUUCAUCAAUUCCCUCAUCCCACCUCUUGACUCUCAGCUUACAGCAGAGCUCGAUGUCUCUCCUAUUCCACUUCAAUCCCCGUCACAGGUUGUCGACCGGGAUGGACGUGGUAAUGACAGCGGCUUGCUAUCCGCAUUUACAUCUUAUCUCUCAAGCUACGCUGCCGAUGACCCUCCUGAGCCUUCUGACGAAGAAUUGGACAACACCCUUUGCACAGUGGAUUGUGUUACUGCGUGCUCGAUCCCCGAAAUUUUGACCAACAUCAAAUCGCUCCCUAUUUCUUCCUUGAAGGUCCUUGUGGAAGCAUUAAUGUCCCAGCUACCCGAAGAUAACACACCUGCCGUAAUCGUGGUUAAGCCAGAGCGGCCCCGUCCCGUGUCAAGAAACUCGAAUACGCGCGCCGAUCCAAACCAGCCGAAGUACGAUCCGGCGAUGAUCUUCAUUUUGGAAUUGGUGACAGUUCUUACUCUUCGUGAUGAGAAUACGCUAGAAGCCCUCGGCGAAACGUUGGCGACCACUCUGCAGACCCUGGUUCGCGAUGCAAAGAAUCUGCACCCACUGACCGUUUCCCGAAUCGUCUCGUAUUUGCUCAACCUUCUACGACUGAGUCAUGAUCAACACUUCAUGCGGGUUCCUGUUGUCCUGCAUGCUAUAUCCGGGUAUGACCAAGAUGUCCUCGAGAUCGUGGCUGUACCGACUGUCAAGGGACUCUCACGAUGCAUUGCGCAUCCAGGACGGCUGAGAAACGAGAUCACCAUCUCUCCAGAUUUCUGGUCUAUUUUGCAAAGAUUGCACCAACACGAAGAUGCUGGUCCCAUGGUUUUUGAACUGCUUCAGAGCAUCAUGAACUCCAUGCCAGAUAUUGUGACAGCCGAUAACUAUGAGUUUACUGUCAGCCUCGCCAAUGAAUUUGUCAGUGCCGGUCAUGUAGGAUCUCGUGAUGAGCGUCAGAAAGAUGCCCAGGGUCGCCGAAUCAAAGGUGUCAAGAAGCCCAAGUCUAGUGAGAAUCAAAUCGUUGCCCGUGGUGUCAAAGCUAUUGGCUUAAUCUAUCACUUGACUGGCCGAGUCCCCACGCUUAUCAAACAGUCUCAUCUUGAAGAACGCGAAGCCUGGGCUGCCUACUGGUCCCCCAUCUUUCAGUCUUUGAGAAGUCAGUGCACCAACCCUUGCCGCGACAUCCGCCACCAUGCCAUUUCUACACUGCAGCGAUCUCUUUUGUCGGCUGAGUUAAUAUCCAGCGACGGCAAGGAGUGGAGCAGCAUUUUCGACGAGGUCCUUUUCCCGCUUGUUCUGCAUCUUCUCAAGCCAGAGGUCUACCACUCUGACCCUAUUGGAAUGACCGAGACUCGCGUUCAAGCGGCCACAUUGGUCUGCAAGAUCUUCUUGCGCUUCCUUGACCAACUGCCUAACAGAGAGGGCAUGCUUCCUCUCUGGCUGAGGAUUCUCGAUAUUCUCGACCGCAUGAUGAACAGCGGUCAAACGGACAGCUUAGAAGAGGCUAUCCCGGAAAGCUUGAAAAACAUUUUGCUGGUCAUGGCCGAUGGCGGGUAUUUGGUUUCCCCCGACCAGGAUCCCAGCAAAGAGGAAAUGUGGAAUGAGACCCGCAAGCGCCUCGGUCGUUUCCUGCCUGACCUUUUCGGUGAAAUCUUCCCUGACGCAGGCAAGGAAGCGGAGAAGUCACAGCCGCCCUCUGCCGUACCCUCUGCUGUACCAUCUGCUGUAUCAUCUCCGCAGCCAAACGCCGAUGCUGAAUCGAAGCCCGAGGAGGCAGCUAUCCCAUCUAAUGACGCCGAAGAAUCUAAGGAGGCUGAUGGUGCCGAGACAAAAUCACCCUCCCAGGAAGAUACCUCAUCUUAA